UACAGCCAAGUAAAACACGGACGGACUUUAUUUAAAAGCUACAGCUUCUUUCAGGACAUACUGCACUUCUGUGAAUGUCAAAUGAGCCGCCACAAUGGAGAAUAUGAAGCCAAAGCUGAAGGUGCUGAAAAAGCGCCGCUCCAGUCUUUUUGCCACUAUAAAACGGGAAAUGAGCAUGUCACAGAGCAUAGAAGAGCAAGAAAGUGAAUUCCCCUUUUCACAGGACUGCUCUGUGAAACCAUGGACAUCUAUGGACAACCUUGACACUCCAGAUGAUGUAAAAAAUGUGAAAAAAGAUCCGAUCCCAGAAGCACCAAACCCAAGGAAAUCAAACAUUGUCAACCUCAACGUGGGUGGAAAGGUGUUUCACAUCCCAAAGCAUUUGGUCCUCCGACACCCAAAAACCAGGAUUGGAGUCCUUGCCCUCUGUGAUGAUCCGGUCAAGCGUUUGACGCUCUGUGACGAUUACAAUGUUCAGAACAAUGAGUUCUUUUUUGACAGGGACCCCAUGUUUUUCCACUACAUCUUCCAUUUUUACUGCAGCAAUGUCCUGUGGGUGAUGGAUAGCCUCUGCCCUGUCAACUUUGAGGAAGAGAUGUCUUUUUGGGGGCUGAAACUGAAGGACACUCCAAGGUGUUGCCGCAUUCUGUUUGAGGAAAAAGUGGACGACAUCAGAGACCAACUGAAGGUCAACAAGGAGCUCAUUGAUGAGAUUAAGCCUCACCAAGAUGACGAGGCCUACAAGACCAUGUGUCUUGGAAACUUUCGGAAGAUCCUCUGGGACCUGAUGGAGAAUCCUUACUCUUCUCUGUCAGCCAAAGCCUUUGCUGUGUUUUCCAGUCUCUUUGUGCUAAUCUCCAUCGUUGCCAUGACAAUGAAUACAGUGAAAGAACUCAGGGAAUACAAACUUGCUGGCAAAACCUACAUGGAGUGGAUAGAGGUUGCCUCCAUCCUUUUCUUCACCUUAGAAUACUUCUUGCGUUUAUUCACCACAUCCGACAUCAAACAUUUUGUGAAGAGUGCCCUCAACUUUGUUGAUGUGGUGGCUGUUAUGCCAUAUUUCAUCCAGAUCAUUUUUGAGGUGUUUGUUUUAGAUUCAGAAGACUUGGGUGCACAGGAAGAUUUGAAGGCCAUGGCAAGGGUCAGUAAAGUCAGCAAGGUGCUCAAGGUCGUCAAGUUGAUGCGCAUCUUCCGUAUCCUCAAGCUCGCCCGUCACUCUACAGGCAUGAGGGCAUUUGGUUUCACCAUCCGCCAGUGCUCUGAGCAGGUGUGUUGUCUGUUUCUGUUCAUUGCCAUGGGAAUCUUCACAUUCUCUGCUCUGAUGCACUCUGUGGAGGUGGAUCAGCCUGGGACACCAUUCAGCAGCAUACCAGAUGCCUGGUGGUGGGCUGCGGUGAGCAUCUCUACUGUGGGCUAUGGAGAUGUCGUCCCUAUCUCCUAUCUUGGCCGCUGCGUGGCAUUUGGCUGCAUCUCCUUUGGCAUAAUCCUCAAUGGAAUGCCCAUCUCCAUCCUGUUCAACAAAUUUUCCGACUACUAUGCCAAACUGAAAGAACAAGAAUACACAUUUUCAAACACAGAACGCACGUUCCAGCUCAAGAAACGUCUGAGACGCAAGUUUGACAACUGCUUCGAACCCCAGCCAGAGGAAUCCGAUGAUGAGAUCCACAUUCGGCCCAGUGGAAGGCAAACUAUUCAUGUGAACGAAGAUUAAGAGAAGCUGCCCGGUCACAACCUCGCUUACCCUAAAUGGCCUUAUCACCCUUCCAGAAAGUGCAAGACCCCAUCUGCCUCCAGCUCUGAGCCUAUGUGAUGUAAGAUAAACAAUCCAAGGGGGGAAAUGGAGGCAGCAGCAGCAAGUUGAGAUAAGCUUUAAGCCUGAGCUUUACAGUAGGUGCUGUUUGCAUGCUAUGGGUGAUGACUCCUCUGUUAAAUGGACAAGAUGCUGCCACUGGACAGCUUGUUAUUUGUUUCCAAAAAAAAAAAAAAUUCAACUAACUGUGACUUAACUGAAAUAGAUGUUUGACAAAAGGAGGUCAAAUAGUAAAAUUAUGAAUGAAGCAAUAUUACGCACAUCAUUUCAAAGGGAGCGUGAUGCUUGCGAAGAUGUUUUCAUUGAAAGUGCUAUUAAUGAACUAUAUUUGACAUUCUGGAUGGUCUGUUACAUUUUACUUUACAUUCUUGAUACUCUGCAUAAAAGACAAUAUAACUUUAAUUUCAAUCUUCUGUAAAACAUUUGGCAAAUAACAGCCAGUCAGACAUUGUGGAUGGAUUUUAGUCACUGUCUUGCACUUUCUUAUACCAAGGAAAUACAAGUGUAUAAGACACAAGAACUUCUCAGAUUUACUGUAUGUACACCCUGAGAAAAAUUUCAACAUCUCUGGUGAAAAGCACUUCACAUUCUGUGUCAUGUGCAUUAUUGUCAAGAGCACACUUUUUUUUCUGGACGGUCAUCUGGCAUGCAUUUGACUGAACCAAAGUGGGAGGAGAGGGGAACUGGAGGUGUGCCAGUAGUGGUCAAGAGCCACAGUGUAAUUUUGUUGUCAAGGAUUACCGGGAUUUGCACUUAUGCUUCCUUCCUGGUCAGACAAGGGCAAAUGUCAGUCAGGUACUGUGCUAUUUUGGUGGAGAGUCUGCACAAUCAGGCUCUAUUUAAGUGCUUACAAGCUACUUUCAUGGAUGAUAGGUGAUUUAUUUCUGAUAUAGAUCUCUCAAGUUGAAAAAACCUAAUUUUCAUAUUAGUUACACAUGUGCAAUGAUAUAUACAGUAUAUAUAGUAAUAGUCAUCUAGUAUAUGGCAUCAUCCCAACAGGAAGAGAGAUUUGUGCUCCAUGUUCUUGGCCUGUAGAUGUCACAGACAAGCGUGACCCACUCCUGUAGUCAAACUGUCCUUCCACUAUGCUGGUGGCUUGUGUUGAGCUGUUUGGCCAAAAUCAUUAAACCAAUUAGUUUGCUGGGCAAAAGUUCUCCAAGGACCACAGAGUUUCAGUAUGUGUUAUCUCCUUCCUAACAUAUUUAAGGUGCUGUAUUGGCUACUCUCUCAUGGUAACUGACAAGGCAAGAAUUUCUCUCAGAUAUGCUCAAUAAUAUUCUGUCCAGUGCACUGGUUUAAAACAAACAGGACGGAUUUAAGGGGAAGGAAAAUAAGUUAUUUGAUUGGUCAUGAUCAAUGCCAGCCCCAACCACACCCACUGAUUCACCUCUGAUUUACAAAAACAGAGCCCUAUGAAAUAUUAGACCUUGACUUCACUCAUACAGAAAAUAUCUAGAGACAGCAUUGUGAGCAUUUUCAAUGUGAUUAUUGAUCACCAGCAUCACGUUACUCUUGUUUCCUUUGUUGUAGGUGGCUGAGGAUAACAGGGAAAGCAUUAUUUCAUUUGUAAGAGUUUAUUUCAAAUCAAUGAAUGUGAAGGAUCUGUCUACAUGUGACGGAUGUGUCCAAUAUUUGUUAACAUUGUUAACAACAGUUGCUUAAAGAUUUCAGAGGUUUUGAGUUGGGAGUCACUGGGUUGAAGUCCUUGAGAAAUCUUGCAGAAUUUUACAGAUGAAAAAGUUCACUCAUGCUGAGCAAUCAAAUAUGACCAAAGAAUGUCAUUCUUUUAUAUCUGUUUCGUUGUACAAGCAUUUCUAGUUAUUUAAUUACAUUUUCAAUUCAUAUACAUAUAUUCCUUGAGAAAGCCAAUCUAUUAAUCAGUGGCUGUAAACAAUGAGUGUUGCUAUGUGCUGAUACCACAAAAAAACAUGUAAAAUGCAUUUUUUGUUAUAUAUUAUACAUAUUCUA